AUGGAAGAGGAAGAACAGUUCGCUGUAAGAUGCAUCCAGCAGCCAACUGCUCUUUUGGCAACUGCUCUCCGAGGGGUGGCGAUGUGGGGCCGCUAUUCUUAUUUUUGGACUUUAAAUGAAGAUUGUGCCAUCAGAGGAGGAGAGACUUCAGCAUGCAAACCUUCGUCCGUCCGGCUUGCGCCCUCUUUUUCUUUACACACUGCUGGUCUUCAGAUGGCUGCUCCAAUGCCCCAUACGCACCAGCAGUACAGUGACCGCCACCAGCCUACUACUGACCAAUCUGUUACGGUUUUACCGUACAGCGACCAGACACCACAGCUCACUGCCAAUCAGAGGCACAUGCCCCAGUGCUUUCGUGACCCAACUUCAGCUCCCCUGAGGAAGCUCUCCAUUGACCUUAUCAAAACAUAUAAACACAUCAAUGAGGUGUAUUAUGCAAAAAAGAAGCGACGGCACCAACAGGGUCAGGGUGAAGAUUCCAGUCAUAAAAAGGAGAGGAAGGUCUUCAAUGAUGGCUAUGACGAUGAUAACUAUGACUACAUCGUCAAGAAUGGGGAGAAGUGGAUGGACCGUUAUGAGAUUGAUUCCUUGAUAGGAAAAGGGUCAUUCGGACAGGUUGUAAAGGCAUAUGACCGUGCAGAGCAAGAAUGGGUUGCCAUCAAGAUCAUUAAGAACAAGAAAGCUUUCCUCAAUCAAGCCCAGAUUGAAGUGCGCCUCCUUGAGCUUAUGAACAAACAUGAUACUGAGAUGAAAUAUUAUAUUGUUCACCUAAAAAGGCACUUCAUGUUUCGGAACCAUCUUUGUCUAGUAUUUGAAAUGCUCUCGUAUAACCUCUACGACCUGCUCCGAAAUACCAACUUUCGCGGAGUUUCCCUCAAUCUUACCCGGAAGUUUGCCCAGCAGCUAUGCACUGCACUACUCUUCCUGGCCACACCUGAGCUCAGCAUCAUCCACUGUGACCUGAAGCCGGAGAACAUCCUCCUCUGCAAUCCCAAGAGGAGUGCCAUCAAAAUAGUGGACUUUGGCAGCUCAUGCCAACUGGGACAAAGGAUAUACCAGUAUAUCCAGAGUCGCUUUUACCGUUCACCAGAGGUACUGCUGGGAAUGCCCUAUGAUCUGGCCAUUGACAUGUGGUCCUUGGGUUGUAUUUUAGUCGAGAUGCACACUGGAGAACCCCUCUUCAGUGGAGCUAAUGAGGUGGACCAGAUGAACAAAAUAGUUGAGGUUCUUGGCAUCCCACCUAAUCACAUUAUGGACCUAGCCCCUAAAGCCAGGAAGUUUUUUGAGAAGCUUUCAGAUGGGACAUGGAGUGUGAAGAAGACCAAAGAUGGCAAAAGGUAUAAGCCUCCAGCCUCAAGGAAGCUGCACUCCAUUCUGGGUGUGGAGACCGGAGGCCCAGGUGGCCGACGAGCAGGGGAGUCUGGCCAUGCUGUCGCAGACUACUUGAAGUUCAAGGACCUGAUCCUUCGGAUGCUGGACUAUGACCCUAAAAGCCGCAUCCAGCCCUACUAUGCUCUGCAGCAUAGUUUCUUCAAGAAGACUGCAGAUGAGGGGACCAACACAAGCAGCAGCGUGUCCACCAGUCCGGCACUAGAGCAGUCACAGUCGUCAGGAACCACCUCAAGCACCUCCUCGAGUUCAGGUGGAUCAUCUGGAACAAGUACAAGUGGUAGAGCAAGAUCCGACCCUACCCAUCACCACUUGCACAGUGGAGGACACUUUGGCACGACUAUGCCUGCCAUUGAUGGUGAUAGCCUCUGCCCACAGACGAGGCAGCCUUAUCCACCGCCACUAGUUUGGGGAGGAGGGGUUGGUCCAGAGUCUGUCACUGGUGAGACCCAUCCUGUCCAGGAGACCACCUUCCACGUCCCCCCUCAGCACCCAAAGGCGCUGCAUCCCCACUCACACGGUCAUCACCACCACGGGCCUAUGAUGGCUACGCGGCCACGCCCGCGCCAUUACACGUCCCCGACACACAGCUCCUCCACACAGGACUCCAUGGAGGUGGUGCACGGCCAUCUGUCCAUGACCUCCCUGUCUUCCUCUGCCUCCUCUUCCUCCACAUCGUCCUCUUCCACUGGGAACCAUGGCAACCAGGCCUACCAGCUCCGCCAUUUGCCUGCGGGAGCUCUUGACUUUGGUCAGAAUGGUGGGCUGAGCAUGGGGCUAGGUGCCUUCUCGAACCCACGGCAGGAGACUGGCAUGGCAGCGCACCCUGCUUUUUCCAUGGGCACGAACACGGGGCCUGCCCACUAUCUAGCAGAGGGCCACCUGGGCAUGAGGCAGGGCAUGGACCGGGAGGAGUCUCCAAUGACUGGAGUGUGUGUGCAGCAGAGUUCAAUGGCCAGCUCGUGA